GAAACCGAAGAGAUUUGGUACGCUUAAUCGGCGUCCAGGGCAAUUUGCUUGUGCCCAAAAUUUAUCAGCGAUGGAUAGAUAUUAGGGUCAAAGUUGUUUGAUGGAAUAACAACUUUAAUAACCAUCAAUUUAUAAAUCCAGUUUAAAGAAGAAUCGAAGGAUCGUCAUACGUGUUGUUAGUAUAUUAAUUAGUAUAACAAAUAUGCUAAGGAUGAAGUAUAAUAACUGUAUAAGGAGGAAUUGGAAGAGAUUACCGGACUUGUGUAUAAAUAGAAGUUUUAGCUCGGAAACCAGUUUGCCGAAACAGGCCGAUGUUGUUGUUGUAGGGGCUGGUGCUAUUGGAUGCAGCACCUUCUACCACCUGUGCAAGAGGGGCAUCAAGGCUAUUCUGCUGGAAAAGCACAAGGUUACAUGUGGAACGACAUGGCACAGCGCCGCCAUGGUGUGGAGUCUAAGGGGCAACGACGUGGACACGUUGCUCCUAAAGAGAACCCGAGAACUUUUGGCAACUUUAGAAGAAGAGACAGGAGUAGAUUCAGGGUGGAACAACUGCGGGGGAAUGUUCGUCGCCCGGACAGCUGAACGAAUGGAAGAGUAUAAGCGAUUUCACACUCUCGGACACUACUUUAACAUAGAGAGCCACCUGCUGACACCCAACGAAGCUCAGAAAAUCUGCACCAUGCUUAACCCAAAGAUUAUCUAUGGAGCCAUUUGGGUACCUACGGACGGUUACACUGAACCUUCGAAUUAUUGCUCGGCCCUUAUAAAAGGUGCUACCACAAAUGGAGGUGUUCUCUACGAAAACACUCCCGUGGUCAACAUCCUAACCGAAGCUACGAUGAACAACGAGAAAAAGGUCAUCGGCGUUCAAAUCCACGGUGGUACUAUCAAAACCAGCGUCGUGAUCAAUACUUGUGGUGCCUGGUCCCAGGACAUCUCCCGAAUGGUAGGCCUCAACAUCCCUCUGACAGCCAUGAAGCACGGCUACGUGCUCACAGCAUCGGUACCUGGAGCUCGUGGUUCCCCCCAGGUCAGGGACCAGGACGGAAACUUUUAUUUCCGAUCACAGGGGGAUGCCAUUCUUCUAGGUUUGUAUGAGCAUAACCCCGAAAUUAUAAACGAGAUAGAAAAGGACUUCCAUUUUGGUCUAUACGAGCUGGAUAAGGCUUUGUUCGAACCUUACAUAAAUAAUGCUUAUGAACUGUGCCCUUCGUUUGAAAAGGCGGGGAUAAGGAAGGAUAUUUACGGUCCAGAAACUUUUACGCCUGACCACAAUGCUGUUAUGGGGGAAGAUCCCAAAUGUGUAGGUCUCUUCCAAGGCAACGGCUUCAACUCUUUGGGGCUGCAACUCAGUGGAGGCGCGGGCGAACAAUUGGCCACCUGGGUGGUGCUUGGACGGCCUGAAAUACCUAUGGACAAGUACGACAUCAGGAGAUUCACUCAAGUGCACAGACAAGACCGCGCUUGGAUCAUCGAAACCAGCCACGAGGCUUACGCCAAAAGCUACAGUAUUAAAUACCCCUACGACCAGCCCCUCGCUGGACGAAACCACAGAAUCGGUGCCUUCCAUGAGGCACUGGUGGCUAGUGGAGCUGUCAUGGAAUCGGCGCUAAGUUGGGAGAGACCCGCGUACUUUAUAAAAGACCGCACCGCCCCGGUCAGGGGGUACGACUGGGGCGGCAACUACGGCCACGUGAUCAACGAAGACAAACGAUACGAGAAGGAAUUGGAAGGCGACUGCACCUUUGACUUCUCCAAACAUCACCAGCUGAUCAAAGAAGAAGCCUUGGCGACGAGGAACAACGUGGCCCUCUUCGACCUUUCGAGUUACACCAAGAUGUACUUAGCUGGACCCGACGCUGAAGAAGCUGCCGAUUGGCUAUUCACUGCCGAUGUUGGAAGGGAGCCUGGCAGUGUAGUGCACACCUGCUCCUUGAAUACCAGAGGAGGGGUUGAGGCUGACGUCACGGUUAUACCACUAGAAGAAGGAGCAGGAACUCUUGUAGGGCCCAUCCUGAAGGGCAAAGGUUACUACAUAACAGCCGAGGCAAAGGCCGGAUAUCUGAUAAAGUCACACUUUAGAAAGCAGCUAUACAGGAAAAACUUCAAGUCACUGGUAACUGAAAUGACGGGAAGAAUAGGCAUAUUGUCAAUCCAAGGGCCUAAAAGCGGAGAACUCCUCCAGUCUAUCACGGAAUUCCCCAUAACGGACGAGAAGAUCCCUUACGGCAUGUCCAAGCUAAUCAAAAUAAACGGCCACACCUGCAGGGUGAUGAGGGUUAGCUACAUUGGAGAACUCGGUUUCGAAGUACACAUACCGUUCCCAUCGUGUGUGCCGGUCUACAAUAAAGUGAUUGACGCUGGACGAGGCUUCGAGCUGAAAAACGCCGGAUUCAGAGCGUACGAUUCCCUAGCCUUGGAAAAAGGACAUCACCUCAUCAACUACGACCUGAGGAUUGAUGAUAACCCGGUGGAAGCAGGUCUAACCAGGUUAUGCAGGAAGGAUGGACAGUACCUGGGAAAACAAGUGGUGGAAAGAGCCAAGCAAGAAGGCGUGAAGAAACAUAGAGUAUUCUUCACCCUUCAAGAUCGCGUGCCUUUGUACGGUUACGAGACCAUUUGGAGAGACGACGAGACAGUUGGAUUCCUCAGAAGGGGAGAUUAUGGAUUCAGCUUGGACUGUAGCAUAGGAACUGGGUACGUCGAGCAUCCAAAUAACAAAGUCGUUGACAGCGAAUUCCUAAAGAGCGGAACGUACCAUAUAGAAGUAAAAAAUAAAAAGUAUCCUGCUACCCUGUUUCUGAACAGUCCCUUCGAUCCAAACGGGCAAAGGCUACUGGGACUCUACGAGCACCAAUUCGAAGAGCAAAGUCACUUCGAAGACUGAAUUGUGAUAUAAAAUAUAAAGUGUAAAUAAUUUCCACGUGUCAUUCUGAUUACUAUUGUAAAUAUAUAAACUAUAAAGUAA